AUAAAGACAACGAUCAUUUGAAAAAUACAAAAUGAUGUUUUAUACGUCUGCAAUUUUGGCAAUUUUUGCUAUUUGUUCUUCUUUUGGUUCGCCGAUUCAGAAACAACCAGCAGAUGCAAACUGGGUGGAUACACCAGGCGCAUGCAUAAAGAACUUCAACAACCGCAUUAUAAAGCCUGUCAACACUAUGGAUGCUUGUAAAAAACGAUGUGAAGACGAGACUGCUUUCCGGUGCCGGUCCAUUGAUUACAAUGCUGGAGCUGCAAAGUGCCAGCUAUCGGAAAGGUACUCUGGAAAUAACCCCAUUAGUGACCCUUGCUAUGCUGGACCCCAGUGGAGCUAUGCCGAGAUUUCUAUUGAAGGUACAAUUGAUAUUGCUGCUGAUGACGCUUACGACCUGUUUGUCGAUGGUGCCCAAGUUGGUUCGGCUAGAGGCUGGAAACAAGCACAACGAUACUCGAUUUCUUACCCGGAGAAUGUACAAGUGAUUGCAGUAAAGGGGAUGGACAUAGGGAAAGUGGUAUCAGGAAUCAUUCUUUCAUUCCGUUUCGGCAAUGUCCUCGUUAACACUGACAGUAGUUGGAAAUGCUUCUAUGGAACUGUUGACCCAUCGUGGAUUCAGCCUGGUUUUGAUGAUAGUGCUUGGCCCGCAGCAAUAGAAUUCAGCACAAACCGUGACGAUUCCUAUGUGAAGACCAACAAUGGGAAACCUUGGUGGCCUCAAGUGGACAAGGCAGCAAAGAUGAUUUGGACCAAAAACAGCUUCAGAGACACACCCGUAUUUUGCAGAAAAACUGUGAGAGUACCACCUACACCAAGACCAACACCUGCAGCAACUACACCAAAACCAACACCUGCAGCAACUACACCAAAAGCAAAACCAACCCCUGCACCAAUUCCAACAAAAUCAGUACCAGUUUGCCAGUACAUUGGUCAGUUACUUGCUGAUAAAGCAGACCCAUGCAGAUUCUACCAAUGUGCCUAUGCCGACAACGACCUGAACCUUAAGGCAGUCAGCAUGCCAUGUGCUCCAGGGACUAGUGUACUGCCCUCCUACGUUGCAGGCAAUCCGUGUAUUGGACCAGCUCUGAAGCAGUGCCCCAAGGGAAAAGGAGAAUAGAAUAUAUUGGUUCAGUUCCCAAAGGGAAAUGCAUAUAGAAUAUAUUUCGGACUUAAAGUUAGUAAUCAGAAGAAACAGCUGGUCUGAGAAUCUAAAUAAUGCAAUAGCAAUUUUUUUAAAUCUCAAAAUAUUUUUCAAACAAAUUACUGUUGUGUGGAAGGUGU